CAACCAUUUGCUGUCUCACUAACAGUGCCUCUGGAGUCAAGCUGCAUCAAGAGUUCUUCACAGAGCUGUUUCUAGGAUAUCUUGUUAGAUUCUUGAUUCAAAAGGUGAAAUGUCAACAAAAGCGCCAAGCAUUAAACUGAAAAUUGAUCCUCGGGAUCUGCAGAUCCAGACAUUUACAGUGGAGAAGUUAUUGGAACCAUUGAUAAUUCAGGUUACAACACUAGUAAACUGUCCACAGAAUCCUUCUAGUAAGAAAAAGGGCCGUUCCAAAAGAGCUCGUGUCUUGCUAGCUUCUGUGGAAGAAGCCACUUGGAAUCUGUUGGACAAGGGGGAAAAAAUUGCCAAGGAAGCAGUUGUGUUUAAAGAGGAACUUCAUGCAGCACUUGCUGAUGUCCAGAAAGAGA